AUUGCAUGUACUACAAACAGACAAAUUGGUUUCGCACAUAAAAUGCAUCGUUCACUUCUAUUUGCAAGGAAAAUUUAUUACACCAUCCUUGCUAUUGUCGGUGUUUCAGUCAACUCAGUGGCAAUAGUGAUCCUGUCCCGUGGAAAGUGUGGACUCUCUCCGUGCACCACAACGUACCUUGUGGCCAUGGCAACGGCGGAUCUCCUGACAAUUGUCACUGAGGUCAUUCUACAUCGAAUCACGUAUUUUUAUUUUCCAUUGUAUUUCCUGAAAAUCACCCAUGUGUGCAGUGCUGGUUAUGUUCUGAUACGUAUAGCCAUAGACUGUUCUGUUUGGUUCACAGUCACAUUCACUUUUGAUCGAUUUGUUGCCAUUUGUUGCCAGAAGCUGAAAUUAAAAUAUUGCACCAAGAAAACUGCAACCAUAGUCCUCGCAACCACCGGGACCGUGUUCUGUUUAAAAAAUAUUCCCAUCUACUUUAGAUUUAAACCAACAAAUAUUGUUGACAAUGUUCCAAUGGAGUGUUCAAAUAAACCAAGCUAUUUUACUGACCGUAGAUGGAUUGGAUUUAGAAUGUUUGAAAAGGCUUUAUCACCAUUGAUACCAUUCGCAUUAAUUAUUUUGCUCAAUGGUCUUACAGUGAAACACAUUUUAAUGGCCAGUCGGAUCCGCCAGGCACUGAAGCGUCAAAACAAGGGAGAGAAUCAGAGUGACCCAGAAAUGGAAAGUAGAAGGAAGUCUAUGAUUUUACUCUUCUCUAUUUCAGGCAGCUUUAUCCUUUUGUGGUUUGUGUAUAUGUUAUUUUUUUUCGAAGUUGAAGAGUACUUGAAUGAAGAUUCUGCUCACCUUUUUGAAAAAGUCGCCUAUAUGCUGCGGAAUUUAAGCUGCUGUACAAAUACUUUUAUAUAUUUGGCCACACAGUCCAAGUUCCGAGAGCAGUUGAAGAAUGCUGUGAAACAUCCAUUUAUAUCAACUUUUAAACUAUGUAUUAGGUAAAGGAUCAAUGGAUAUCCAUAAUGUCCGCAGGUGGGAUCGAGUUUGGCUAGAGAAGGGCAAAAAGGACAAAGGUACUGGAGUGGGAAUGCAGCAAUUUCUGUUAGCCGGGGAAAACACUACCAGAGAGCAGGAGUAUAGGCACAAUUCAGCACAAGGUGGCAGAUAGAUCAAAAGGAUUAUGUCAUUGCAAAGAGUGUCAGAGGACGCUUAGUACAAUAGCUGAAAUACUCAGAUAGAAGAAAUCUCAACAGUAUAAAAACAACUGAAGAUUCUAGACAAUGGGUAAUGAAAAGAUAAUUGGACAUAUGCAGAAGGGUUACAACAAAUAGUGAGAGAUGACAAUAGGUAUUAUGAGUGGGUUAAGAGUAACUUCAGGCAGGUAGUGUAGAAAGAGCAAAGGGGCAAGUGCGGACAUUCGAGUAACAGAUAGCAAAGAGUUAGAAAUACAGCAGGGGAUCAAUUGAAGGGCACAAACCAAUUGUACCAUCAUGGUGCCCAACCACAGAUUUAAUUCAAUUCAGAUCUCCUCAGAUAGAGGAAAAACAGACAAGUUUUCCAAGUUACAAAAAAAAACGCACUGGAAUAAUGGACAUUUCUUAGCUUGUUAGAAUUAUUAUUACUUUCACUUCUCCAUAAUCACAAACUUUAACAUAAAUUAAUUGUACCCCCGUUCCAUUUCUCCAUCAUAACAGCCAUCAUUUCUCUCCCUUUCUCUCUCCCCCUCCCAUUACCCAAUGCAAGACUGAGGGGUUACAUGGAUGUUACUAGUAUAAAUCUGUGCAAGCAGAGUCCUGCUGUGGAGAGGUAUGAUGAAGUAAGAUAAUGGCAAGAAUGGUUGGGUCUCAGGAUUGCCACAAGACUUGAAAAUCCUUGAGGAAUCUUUUAAAUCCAUUAAUGACUGACACUUGCUUGGUAACUGUCUUCAAGUUGUUUUGUCUUUUCAAACUGUUCAUUUCACACAUUUCCUUCUCCAAUUGUUCACCUUAUUUCUUUUUCUUUUAUAUUGGCCUGUUCCUAUUUCUCGCUCUUGGGAUCUGUUAGCUACUCCUAAAUAGCCACACAGUUUCUUGAUAUCACUGCUCAGUUACUUACUGUGCUAUGGCCCAGUUUUAAAGCUUCUUACACGUGCCUAUUAUUUUCAGGUUGUUUUUUUCAACCUCUUGACUUUCUCUGAAACAUUGUAUCUCUCUUCUGUUACUCUCUGUCCUUCAUCUCACUUCUCACGUCUCUUGAUGUCUCUGAUUCCCACUAGCUCCAUGUCCACAUGAAACUGCCUACACAACACUUUUUCUGUCCACCUGUCUUUUUCUUCAUUCCUGUCUCUCCCACCAAAAUUCAAAACUGCAAAGGUAAUCU